AUGACUCAUUGGUGUGUUGCUCUUAUUUAUAACUUUGGUCUACACAAAAAUAACAAAAUGAACAAAAAUUUGACAGUCAACAGCUGCUUGUCUUUGGACCUACGCACUGGAUCGUUUAUUUGUGGUUACCUAAAUCUGGCAUGGCAUUUAGCAAUUGCAAUUGUAUACCUUUGGGUCAUGAUUGCGGCCUCAUCGAUACCUUUCGAUGUUACAAGCGCGUUGGUCAUUAUAGGUAUUGACCUUGGUUUCAUUGGUAUAAACGUGAUUUUCAACGUGAUGUUAAUCAUCGGCUUACACACGCUUAAACGUGGAUUCAUAAACGCCUUCAUAAUCUAUAAUUACAUUUUCCUAGCAUUUUGCUUAAUAAUGUUCAUCAUCUAUCUCAGUCUAGGAGGAGGAGUCCUUAACAUCAUGUUCAAACUAGUCAGUUUGUGUUUCACCGCUAUCUUCCUAUUGAUAAUCAGAAGUUACUAUUUGAGUAUGGACGAUAACAAAACCGGAGCGGCCAUGUACUAG